AUGGCAUCGCCAAACGCACCGUUUUUAUCUAAUGGCGCAGUUUCGAUUAUCAACCCUCAGUAUUGUGCUUCUUCUCAGAUGGAUCUUGCAGUGGCGAGAAAGGUUAAGAUAUUAAGCUUUGGCAACUUUUUUGUCAUAGACAUAAACGAUAAUAUCAUUUUCAAAGUUGAGGGAGCCUUCUUAAGCUUUCAUGCUCGUCGAGUUCUACUAGAUCCUGCUGGAAACCCCAUUGUUACUCUGCAAAAUAAGAAGAUGUCAGCACAUCACAGAUGGGAAGCUUAUAGAGGGGAUGGCACAGACUCUAGUAAUCUACUAUUUAGUGCUAAACGACCUUCAAUGUUUCAAUUUAAAAGGGAAUUGGAUGUUUUCUUAGCAAGAAAUACAGAACAAAAUGUGUGUGAUUUCAAGGUUAAAGGAAGUUGGUUAAAACGAUCUUGUGUCAUCUAUGCUGGGGAGUCUUCACCAUUGUAG